CCUUGUCCAGUAGUCUCCGUAGUCUUUACUCGCACCGCCUCUCAAUUCAAUCGUUAUUUUUAAGAGUUUUUAUUUUACAGUGAAAAGAGAGACAAUUUUUUAAUCAUAAAACCAUGGAUCAUCAAUUAUUAAUGAACAAUAACUUAUCUUAUCUCUCUUUCUGUUUUUCUCUUUAAGGUUGAAACCAAAGCCAAAGGUUUCUCAGCGACAAAGUCAAAGAAAACCCAGAAACAUAUAAAGUUUGAAGAUAAAAGAAAACCAUACCUUCAGCAGAUGUUCAUAUAGUUUUCUUUGUUUUAAAUAUCAUAUAUUAUUAAUAUAUAGCCAAGCUCAAGCUUUGGUCUUUCAAUGGAUUCCGAUUUCUGGACAUCUCGUCUUGCAGCUGCCAAACGCCAAUAUAAUUUGCAGAACCAUCAUCAGAGUUCUCAUUUGGAUCGUUUGAGCAUCGAUGACUUUGAGGUAGAGGACGAGGUACGACCCGAUUUCCCAUGUCCAUACUGUUACGAGGAUUUCGAUAUUGCGUCUCUGUGUUCGCAUCUCGAAGAUGAGCAUCCUUGCGAGUCUAAGGUUACGGUUAUGUAUGAUAUAGUCCGAGGUUAUUCUUGAAAGUUUGACGUUUUCUUUCUAAUUCAGGCAAGCUUAGUAGUAGCCUUUUUUUUUUGGUUUAUUGGUGUUUUUUUCAUGAAAAAUUUUGAAUUUUCCUUUUAUAGAAGGGGAGUAAAACAGAAGAAUUAUUUCUAUUUAUGGUUGAUAAUUUCGCUUUCUUUUUUCCUUUUCAUUUAUAUCACUGAAGAAGUGCUGGAGAAAGGAUCUUACUUUGUUGGUUUAGGCAGAAAAACGAAUGAAUUUUGUUACUUGGUUUUCUAUAGGGCAUCUGUUUGCACGUUCAGAAGGAAUAAUAAUUAAAUAACAGUAGCUCCGACCAGGCAGUAGAAUAUCUCAAAUUGUGUGGAACCUAGCGGAGUUGCUGCUAUGGUUCUUUUCUUGUUAGGCAAUUGUGUGACUAUCUGAGUAAGCUUCAUUCAAGGAUUUUAUUUUUUCUUUUGGUCUCCUUUUUCCUUCUAUUGUUUUGCUGAAUAAAAUUACAAAGUGAUGAUCAGGCCAUUUUUGUUGAAUUAAAUUUUGGAGAGUGAUUGAUGCUUCCUGAAUAUGAUGAGAAUAUCACACACUGCUCAUUUUAGAACAUGGGGGCAUGAUAAUAUUAAUGAUAAAGUUGUUUUUUAUAAUGAUUCCAAGAUGCUUGAUAAUAAUUUUAGGAUCCAUUCUUGUUUUGUGGUUUUGAAGGUUUGGUUAUUAUAUUGGACACUUGAUUUGGAAGAAUAGAAAUUUCGAUUGCUUUAGCUCUAUACACUUUCCAUAGGGUUAAAGGUGCCUGAAUUGUAAGAUGAUUGGGAUUGAGAGGUCCUUUCUUGUUAUUGCUUAAUUGGGGGAAAGUAGUAGGUAUAGUUUUGGUGCCUAUGAUAAUGACCACUAUUCUGCUAUCAAGUGGACUUGCUUCUAUCUGUUACUAGACAACCAUAGUGACUCUUUGGCAAUCAAAAUGAGAUAGUUGCUUUAUCAGUCAAAACCUUAGCAUGUGUUCAAUCUUUAUGCAGUUUAGUUGCUUUAUCAGACAAAACCUUAGAAUGUGUUCAAUCUUUAUGCAGUUUUUAUUGGGUAGGGGAAGAAAUGAAACUAAAAUAUUCAAUUUAACUGGUGUUUUAAUAUAGCAUCUGCUUACACACUUUAUACAUUUAACUUGAGGCCUUGUAUAAGAUAAUCAUUGGUCAUUUAGGCAGCAGAAACUUAUGUUGGAAUUUGAUAAGAAUAACUGCUACUUAUAUGGAGGCUUGAGCACGAUUGGCGAUGUUAUCUUCAUGCUGGGAAAAGAAUGCUAUAUUCAACAGAUAAAGGUUGGAAGUGGACAUACUUGCAAAGGGGCAAUAGGUGUGACAGGUAGAGAAUGCCAUGCUUGAGAAUGAGCAUUUAGUAUGUGCUAUUGGUAAUGGUGGAGGAAUGAGCAUUUGGUCUAUGCCAUGGAUGAUGGAGGUAGAUUUGGAUGCUAAUCACUUCCUAGGUCUGAAAGCUAGUCUCACCCUUUCUUUUUUGGUCUAUAGGAGAAUUCAAGGUCAGGUCCAUGGUACAACCACCAAAAGAUUUUAUCAACUAGCACCUCAUACAAGUCUUACCAUAUUUCUUAGUUUUUGCCUUAUCAUUGUAAUUGAGAGAUUUUUUACUGGGAUUCCAUUCUUCAAUCCUGCUUAUGUGAAUAUCUUCUGUAAUUUUUGUGUCCAAAAUUGUGUAAAUGCAAAAUAAUUAUAUCGAGGAACAAAAAAUAACUAGUAAAGUCAUGUUUAUUACUCUUACUUGUUAUACUUAACCUUAGGAUUUAUGGUAGAAAAAAGUUUCAAUUGAUUUUUUCAUGAUGAAAGAGUCUUAUACUGCAUCAACCUUUCUG